AUGCAUAUCAAAGAUAAGCUCGCCCAAAAUGAGGCCGCCGGCAAAAUCGGCAUCUCGUUCGAGUUCUUCCCACCGAAGACCGCGCAGGGUGUUCAGAACUUAUACGACAGAAUGGACCGCAUGCACGCAUUGGGCCCAUCUUUCAUCGAUGUCACAUGGGGUGCUGGUGGACGACUCUCGGAUUUGACCUGUGAGAUGGUCAAUGUUGCUCAAUCGGUCUACGGUCUGGAAACAUGCAUGCAUCUCACCUGCACGGAUAUGCCCCAGGAGAGGGUGGACGCUGCGCUUCAAGCAGCGUACAAUGCCGGUUGCACGAAUAUCCUUGCUCUGCGCGGCGACCCUCCUCGUGAAAAGGAAGUGUGGGAGGCUGCUGAUGGUGGAUUCCGUUAUGCAAAAGAUUUGGUCAAGUACAUCCGGGACAAGUACGGCAACCAUUUCUGCAUUGGAGUUGGAGGAUACCCUGAGGGCGCCGAUGACAACUCAGAUGUAGAUCAGUUGAUCGACCAUCUCAAGGAGAAGGUUGACGCUGGUAGCACGUUUAUUGUCACCCAGAUGUUUUACGAUACGGACAACUUCAUCAAGUGGGUUGAGAAAUGUCGUGCCAAGGGAAUCACCGUGCCCAUCAUUCCCGGAAUCAUGCCCAUCCAGACAUAUGCUGCUUUUAUCAGACGUGCGAACUGGACUAAGACACUCAUCCCUCCUGACUGGCUGGAGGCUCUGGAGCCCGUAAAGAACGAUGAUGCCGCUGUGAAGCAAGUCGGCAAACGCUUGAUUGCGGACAUGUGUAGGAGAUCAAUUGCCGCUGGUAUCAAACACCUGCACUUCUACACUAUGAACCUGGCCCAAUCGACACAGCUUGUUCUCGAAGAGCUAGAACUCAGCCCAACAGCCGAGGCUCCGAUCCCAAGGCCUUUGCCUUGGAGGCCUUCCCUGGGUCUCAACCGGCGAGAAGAAGAUGUUCGUCCUAUCUUCUGGCGGAACCGACAAUCAUCUUACAUUGCGCGAACUGCGAUCUGGGACGAAUUCCCCAACGGCCGCUGGACGGACUCCAGAUCGCCCGCCUUUGGUGAGUUGGAACUUUACGGUGUAGGUAUUAAGGGCACAAACGAACAGAACAUUAAACUCUGGGGCGAGCCCAAGUCUCUGAGCGAUCUCGCCCACGUCUUCGUUCGUUUCCUGGAAGGCAGUCUCGACCGACUCCCUUGGAGCGACUCUCCCAUCACCCCUGAGACAAAUGCCAUUAAGGACCCACUGGUCGAGCUCAACAAGCGAGGUUUCUUCACGAUCAACUCUCAACCCGCCGUUAACGGUGUAAAGUCCUCUCACCCUGUAUAUGGAUGGGGCCCGAAGAACGGUUUCGUCUACCAGAAGGCUUACCUCGAGCUCCUCAUUCCUCCCUACGUGAUUGAUGAGCUCAUUGCACGAAUUGAUACGAAUGAAGAUCUCACCUACCACGCCGUGACCAAGCAUGGCGAACUGCGGACAAACACCCGCGAUAGUCCUAACGCCUUGACAUGGGGUAUCUUCGCUGGACGCGAGGUUGUGCAGCCAACCAUUGUGGAAACAGUCAGUUUCUUGGCCUGGAAGGAUGAAGCAUACCAGCUCGGUGAAGACUGGGCCAAGUGUCACGAUGCUGCAAGCCCAAGCCGAAAGUUGCUCCAAGGCAUCAUGGACAGCUGGUACCUCGUAAACAUCGUUAACAACGACUUCCACAACACAUACGAUCUCUUCGAGCUGUUCAAGGACCUAAAUGUCAAGGACCUCGACGUCGAGAUACCAGGUGAGACCACCGAGCAGAAGGCCCACCAGAACGGAACGACCAACGGCUCAAACGGCACAACCAACGGCAUAACCUCCAACGGGACUGCCGCCGAGGCCGUAAAGAACUAG